GCGAAACCAGUCGGACCAGUCCAGAGCAGCCAUGGCAGCCGAUCGGACUUGGCCAACGCUCAAGGAAACGGAUGAACUCCAUUCAUCAGAUCCGGGGUUAUAUCAGGACCACGGCGGUCCCAUCCCGAAGAGGCACGCCCGGGUUACCGUGAAGUACAACCGGAAGGAGCUGCAGAGGCGGCUGGACUUGGAGAAGUGGAUCGACGAGAGCCUGGUCCGGCUGUACUCGGGUCAGGAAGGUGAUAUGCCAGACGAGGUGAACAUAGAUGACUUGAUUGACCUGCCUAAUGACGAGGAGCGAGUCAAAAGGUUACAGGAGCUUCUCCGAAGGUGCAGUAGCAACACAGAGGUACGUUUUCUCGACCUUCAUCAGAGAGCUGGUGGCGAAGCUGGAGGGAGUUCACAAGCAGGAAGAGCUGCAGAGCGAGGGCAUCGAGCAUCCGGUCAUCUGCCACAGCCACUACCGCCACGAGCCCUACCACUUUAACAACCCACAGCACUCCCACCACACCGGAGGCCAGAACCAGGCCCUCUGACGACCCCCCCCCCCCCCCCUCCUCAACCAAGACACAGUGCACACGCUGCCAUGACACCACAACAAAAAACACCAGUCUUGUUGGACCGUGCAAGGUAAAGAAGGAAAAAGUGAUGAUGAGGCUCCAGGAAGUCACUGCUCCUGACCAACAAAACACAACCACAACAUUUGUUUUUAUAUUUCCCAUAAUGUCAAACC